AGGUGUGAUUAUUGACAUUCAGGUGUUUGGAUCUCUGCAGCUCCUGGUCAUUAUAACAACAGUGUCAGCAAGUGGUCAGGACUGGACUCAAGAACUGUCACAUGAAGAGUUAUCAUCCUGCUCCUCCUCCUCCAAGGGUCUCACCUAGUCAGCUAGAGAGGUGACUAAGGCUUGAUUGCCUGCUUCCACCAAAGGUGAUUUGCAUGUAACCAAGAUAAAAAGAAAAAGAUACCAUCACCACUGCAUAUAUCCCCUGUAUUAGCAGCCAUUUUGUGAUUCUGAUAUUAAAAGCUCACCCCUCCGUUGCUCACUAAGGCAGUAAUGUCCUCCUCAUCCACUUCAGCUCUGGAGAUAGAGAUCUUCCAGUACAUUGAUGCACAUCAAAGUGAUUUCAUUGAGAAUCUUAAGGAAUGGGUGGCUGUGGAAAGCGAUUCUGUUCAACCAGAUCUGAGGAAAGAAGUAGUACGAAUGAUGGCAUUGGCAGCAGACAGACUUGCAGCACUGGGAGCCACUGUCAAUUUAGUAAACCUGGGGUCACAUCAGGCUAUGCCAGUGAACUUCAGGUUCAUAAUAGAAGGCAUGGAAGAAGCAGGGUCCUUGGGGCUAGAAAACUUACUUGAAAAAGAAAAUCAGUGCUUUUUCUCUGAUGUUGAUUACUUUGUAAUUUCGGACAACCUCUGGCUCAGCAACAAGAAGCCUGCCCUUACAUAUGGGAGUCGGGGAAAUGCCUGCUUCUUUGUGGAGGUUGAAUGUGGCAGCAAGGACCUUCACUCUGGAACUUUUGGAGGCAUCAUUCAUGAACCCUUGAUGGAUCUGAUAGCUCUGCUGGACAGCCUUGUGGAUCCCACAGGUCAUAUUCAGAUCCCUGGAAUCUAUGACAGCAUUGCUGCCCUGAGAGAGGAGGAGAGGAAAUUAUACAAAUCGAUUGAAUUUGAUCUAGAUGAGCAUAAAAAUAAUAGUGGUGUGAAAAAAUUCAUCUUUGGCACCAAGGAAGAAAUACUUCUACACCUGUGGCGUUACCCUUCUCUCUCUAUUCAUGGGAUUGAAGGAGCUUUUCAUGAACCAGGAAUUAAAACGGUCAUUCCAGCAAAAGUAAUUGGCAAAUUCUCAAUUCGUCAGGUCCCCCACAUGGACCUUUUGGUUGUGAAACAACAGGUAGUGGAACACUUGAAGGCUGUCUUUUCCAAGAGGAACAGUCCAAACAAACUGAAAGUAUCUAUGCCUUUGGGUUCAAAGCCCUGGCUUGCUGAUGUUAAUGACCUAUCAUAUAAAGCAGCAAGAAGGGCAAUAAAAACAGUUUUUGGAGAAGACCCAGACUUUAUUCGUGAUGGUUCAACAAUUCCUGUGGCCAGAAUGUUCCAGACCAUUAGGCAGAAAAGUGUGAUGAUGCUUCCAAUUGGAGCAGCUGAAGAUGGGGAGCACUCUCAGAAUGAGAAAAUAAGCAAACACAGCUAUAUUAAGGGAACCAAAAUGUUUGCAGCCUUUUUCCUGGAGAUAUCGAAGCUACAUCAGCACUUACAUGAAACUUCCCACACAGAAACUAACAACUGAUGGAGUAUCACAAGAAAACCAGCAAAG